UUAAACAUGAUAAAAUUGUUGUGGAUGAUGAUAAUUUUCCGUGUAUCAGGAUAUGAAGGCGAUUUUCCGAUGAGCUCUGGAAAUAAGUCCAUAGCUAGAAUAAUACAGGGAUGGAGGGGAAAUCUAGGUGAUGUUCCUUAUCAGGUGUCAUUCAAGAUGAAGCUUUACUUGAAAUACCAAAGUUUCUGUGGGGGCUCCAUUGUUGCUGCUAACAAAGUGCUCUCGGCCGCUCACUGUUUCGUAGAAGACCCCAACUUCUGUCACAAAUUCUGCCGUUUGAAACCGCCAUUACGCUUACCACUGCGUCGGGUAUACGCUGUUGCUGGCACGAUCAAAAACGCCGACGAACCCGCCAAAGAUUCAGUCAUCGCUCAAUGGAGGAGGGUCAAUGAUGUCAACUAUCCAACGUCGUACGAAUUCCCGCAUUCCGAUAUUUGUGUUGUGGUUACAAGAAGUCCAUUUAUUUUCAAUGAGUACGUCAAUUAUAUACCUUAUGCGUCACGGGAUAUGGACUAUUCUGGGACAUGUCUAGUUUCUGGAUUCGGGAGUACAUCAAGAAACUGGAACAAUCCAUCUCAACAUCUAUUGCUGGCUCACGCGCCGAUGUUGCCGAUGAAAAGAUGCGAAGAAAUAGGCACGAGCGGUCGCAAAUUCAUUUGUUCCUCGCCACCGGCUGGCCCACAUCAGGGCGAUUCAGGCGGUCCUCUAGUGUGCCACGGUACAAACGACCCCAACGAGAACAGUACCACGGGUAUACUAGUUGGUGUAACCUGUGCCGGUUACCAGGCACCACCAUACUACUACAUGUAUACCCGGGUUUCAUACCACAAGGACCUCAUUGAUGGAUUUAUCAAUACUGCAUGCAGAUCAGAACUGUACAUUUUAUACGUCACAUCUGACAAAGGUGAUACGUAA